CAGGGGCUUCCUUCCUUUGGAGCCACCAUGGAAGCCCUGAAGGCCAAGGCGGUGCGCCAGGCCAAGAGGUACGGCCUCUGGCUCCUGGCUGGACUGUACCGCUGCUGGCCCGCUUUCCUGACCCCGCCGUUGCGUUACAGGCUCGUCUUUGGGAUGCUCUACCCGGCCUACGCCUCCUACAAGGCUGUGAAGACAAAGAACAUCCGGGAAUACGUGCGAUGGAUGAUGUACUGGAUCGUGUUCGCCCUUUUUAUGGCCACUGAGACGGUUGCAGACACCUUUGUUUCCUGGUUCCCCUUCUACUACGAGAUCAAGAUGGCCUUUGUGGUGUGGCUCCUGUCUCCUUACACCCGGGGAGCCAGCCUGCUCUAUCGCAAGUUCAUCCACCCCACGCUCUCCCGCAAGGAGAAGGAAAUUGACCAGUUAAUCCUCCAGGCCAAAGAGCGCAGCUACGAGACCCUUGUGAGCUUCGGGAAGAAGAGCCUCAACGUGGCUGCCACGGCUGCCGUACAGGCCGCCCACAAGAGCCAAGGAGCCCUGACCGGACGCCUGCGCAGCUUCAGCAUGCAGGACCUGCGCUCCAUUCCUGACGCUGCGCCCGUCCAUUACUCCGACCCGCUCUACCUGGAGGAGGACCAGCUCCGGCGACGGCCGAUUGGAUGGAGGGCUGCUCCCCAGCCGCAGGGCUCUGAUAGCAAUGAGGAGGACUGUUGGUCAGACUCGGGCCUCUCCGCCGGCCCCCGGCUACAGAGCAAGGAGCCUGGGCUGCCAAAACCACUGGCCAGGAGCCAAAGCCUCCGCGUCGUGAAGAAGAAGCCCCCCACCAAAGAGGGCUCCGUGCGGUUGGUGCGCAGCCGCCCCAGGAAGAAGGUGGUCGACCAGGAGAACUAGAGGCCGCAUCAACCUUGAAGGAUAGUUGGAUUCACCUGGCUGCUCAUGGUGCUGCCUCCAGCCCAAGGAAUGCCUCUAUUUCGUACUUUUGCCUUCAAGGUGGCCACAUCCAAAGAGGUCAAGAGUAUGUUGCCAGCUUUGGCAGCAGAGGAAACAGCUGCUGGAAGGACCGCGGCUUUUAAUGGGGAGAUCUCCAGGAGUCCCUUCCUCAUUCCCUGCAAUUUCUAAGGGGCCAGACUUUGCAGGGCUCAUCCUUCGGUGCCUUUAAUCCAAAGUGCCCUUUUCGGUGUUCUCUCUGUGCCUCUUCGCCUUUUCCACGUGCCUUUUCUCAGCCUCAAAUGCACUGUUAUGCCAUUGAAACGGCCUGCCUUUCCGAAGGGCAGGGACCCUACAGGUGGGUGCCAAAGAGCAUGGAGACGGGCCUCUCUUCCCGAAACGCCUUGGGUUCGGCCUCAGAGCUGGGCCUUUGGUUUUGAGGUCGUGGCCGAUGACAAGCCAACACAAACUUGCAAUCUCUUGGGCUCCCGUUUUGCCGCAGAAGGACAUUAGUCCGGCUCAAUGGCUCACGUUCCCUUCUCUCUGUGAAAACACUAACUUGGCUACUACUUGAAGACCACAGGCUCAGACACUUAAAUGUAUUUGUAAUGUUUUUAAUGUUAUUUUUAAAUAAACACAUUUUGUCUUGUAA